AUGCCAAUGAAGUCAAUCACGAAAGAGCGUACUUAUCUGUUCGAAAAGCUGUGUUUACGGGUCGGAGAAAGAUGCAAACAUGCAGCAUAUGCGUUCGAGGUGUUCCACUUUAGAAAACUUCACGUGAAAGCAAUACGUGAGCUGACGGCGGUCACUCUAAACGAAUGCCUGAAUGCGUGUCUCGACAAUUCGAGGUGUUUUUCGGUCAACUACGUCCGAUCUGACAGGUUUUGUCAAAUCAAUCAAGUGUCACAUCGAACGGUAUCUGGUCAAUUUAAAAAAAAUCUCAGAACUAGUUAUUAUGAAAACAAUUGUGUUCAUGAGGAGGAUCGAUGUGGUGAUAAGAGAAUUGAAUACGUGAUGUCAAGAAAUCACGAGGUUUUGGGUAAGGACAUUUCGGUGGGCAUCCACGAUAUUCGUACUUGUAUGCGAGAGUGCAUCGAAUCAUCGAUUUUAUUCUGCAGGUCGUUUGAAUUCGAUACAACAACCAAUGAAUGCUUCAUUUCUGAGGAGGAUUCUGCUCUGGCCACUCCGUCAGGUUACAUUUUUAGUCAACUUAGAGCAUGA